AUUUAAUGAAUGACUAUCCAGCAAGUAGAUAUUGUUCUCAUUCAAGUUCGAAUGGAGACGAUGGAUGCUCCGACGAAAAUGCCUUUCCAUGUAACACGAGUUCUUGGACUAGUGAUUUUGUAGAUAAACUGGGCAUUAGAAAGGUAUUGACAAACCCAUUUGAACUGGUACGCACAGAGUGGUCAUUAUGUCAAAUGUCAUCCGCUGAAUUAACUAGAAUUGAUGAACUUGCUAAAAUGUGCAGUUUCAUGCCUCGUGCUGAUUGCUAUUCAUUGGAGGAGAUACCGUAUGAAGAAACCAAAUGUUACAAACAGUGGGUAAAGGAGUGGUUUCCAACAAUUACAGUCAAAGAGUUCAAGUUGUUCAGUAGAAACUAUGAAGAGUUUGCAUAUUUUCUGUUUGAUACCAUGCAGCAAAUACAUCAAAGACAGUUGCCACAUGAAGUUGCUUAUCAAGUUCUCUUUGAAAAAAUUCUGAAUUUGUUUGAAUUUAAAGUCAAGGCGUAUUCAAAUAUACCAAAGGGCCAUGCCACAAUUUUUGGACAAGAAAUAAUAUCCUCUAGAGCUGAUUUUCUUUGCACGAAAUGUGAUGAUCCAAGUAAAAUACUAAGCGUUUGCAAGUUUAUUGGACCUGAAGAAGACACAGAUUUUUCACCAGUAAGGAAAAAAUUACGCACCACAUCACCAACAUUAGAAACUGUCAAUGAGGAGGCAAGUUCCAGUACAGGCUCAGCCCAUGGGCCAUCAUCUAAUGCCUGUUAUGUUGGAGAUCUGCUGGCCUAUUUGGAAAAUUCGGUCAUCUGUCAAGGCGUUCUUGGAAUGGUCAUUCAGAAGACAAAA